AUGAGGUUUCAAUUAUCCUCUGGGCUCUCUAUUGUUGUAUGCUUGGGCUGCUUUUCAGCCUUUCUAUUGAAAUAUCUUUCGGGGAGUGGUGGGAAAAAGGAGGACGUGGAGAAAGAAACUGGCCUGGGUCUGAUCAAGAAGAAGAAUGAGAAUUUCGAGGAGUGGUAUUCGGAGGUUGUUGUUCACGGUGAGAUGAUUGAAUACUAUGACAUCUCUGGAUGUUAUAUUUUGAGGCCAUGGACAAUGGCAAUAUGGGAGACCAUGCAAGCAUUUUUCGAUGCAGAAAUAAAGAAAAUGAAGAUUAAAAAUUGCUACUUUCCUUUGUUCGUCUCCCCUGCUGGUCUGAAAAAAGAGAAGGAUGAUAUAGAGGGGUUUGCUCCAGAGGUUGCUUGGGUCACAAAGUCUGGAAAAUCUGAAUUGGAAGUGCCUAUUGCAAUCCGUCCAACGAGUGAGACUGUUAUGUAUCCUUAUUACUCGAAGUGGAUUAGGGGACACCGCGACUUACCAUUGAAGCUAAAUCAGUGGUGCAAUGUGGUUCGAUGGGAGUUUAGCAAUCCCACUCCAUUUAUCAAGAGUCGGGAGUUUCUUUGGCAAGAAGGCCACACAGCUUUUGCAACAAAGGAAGAGGCAGAUAAAGAGGUCCUUGAGAUAUUGGAAGUGUACAGAAGGAUAUAUGAAGAAUAUUUGGCAAUUCCAAUUGUGAAGGGUAAAAAGAGUGAGAGUGAGAAACUUGCCGGUGGUCUUUACACCACAAGUGUGGAGGCUUUUGUUCCAAAUACUGGCCGCGGUGUACAAGGAGCCACUUCACAUUGUCUAGGUCAAAACUUAGACAUUACUUAUGAAAAUGAAAAGGGAGAAAAAGCAAUGAUUUGGCAAAACUCUUGGAGUUAUAGUACUCGAACGAUUGGAGUGAUGGUAAUGGUGCAUGGAGAUGACAAAGGCUUGGUACUGCCACCAAAAGUAGCAUCUAUCCAGGCCAUUGUGAUUCCAGUGCCUUUUAAGGAUGCCAAUACACAUGUCAUAUUUGAUGCCUGCCUGAAAAUUGUUGCGCAGUUGAGUGAAGCUGGAUUUCGUGUUGAGGCUGAUUUGAGGGACAAUUACUCGCCUGAUUGGAAGUAUUCACAUUGGGAAUUAAAAGGUGUUCCUCUACGAAUUGAAAUUGGAGCAAAAGAUUUGGAAAAGAAACAAGUAGGCUGUGUUCGGCGUGACAAUUGUGUGAAAGUGGACAUUCCUGUGGUCGACUUGGUCAAGGAAGUGAAAGACAUGUUCGAUAAAAUUCAACAAAAUCUCUUUGAUGUUGCAAAACAAAAACGAGAUGCUUCUAUCCAGGUUGCCAGAACUUGGGAUGAAUUCACGGUAGCCUUGAGCAACAAGAAAUUGAUCCUGGCUCCUUGGUGUGAUGAACAUGAAGUAGAAGAGAAUGUCAAAGCCCGAACAAAGAGUGAAAUUGGAGCAGCAAAGUCUCUAUGCUCGCCCUUUGACCAGCCCGAACUCCCUGAAGGAACUCUUUGCUUUGCAUCCGGAAAGCCAGCAAAGAAGUGGACCUACUGGGGAAGGAGCUACUGA